AUGUCAUCAUCAUCUGAUGUUAAAAUUGGUAUCAAUGGUUUUGGACGUAUUGGUCGUCUUGUAUUUCGAUGUGCACUUGAAAAAGGUGCACAGGUAGUUGGUAUCAAUGAUCCAUUUGUUCCAGCUGAUUAUAUGGUUUAUAUGUUUAAAUAUGAUUCAACACAUGGACGAUUUAAAGGUGAAGUAUCAACAAAAGAUGGAAAACUUAUUGUUAAUGGAAAAGAAAUAGCCGUAUUUACUGAAAAAGACCCAUCGAAAAUUCCAUGGGGACAACUUGGUGCUGAAUAUGUUGUUGAAUCAACCGGUGUAUUUACAACAAUUGAUAAAUGUCAACCACAUUUACAAGCUGGCGCAAAGAAAGUUGUUAUAACAGCACCAUCAGCUGAUGCACCAAUGUUUGUUAUGGGAGUUAAUGAAGAUAAAUAUACUGGCAGUGAAAGCGUUGUUUCAAAUGCAUCAUGUACAACAAAUUGUUUAGCACCACUUGCUAAAGUUAUUCAUGAAAAAUUCGGUAUUGUUGAAGCUUUAAUGACAACUGUACAUUCAUAUACAGCAACACAAAAAACAGUUGAUGGACCUUCAAAUAAAGAUUGGCGUGGUGGACGUGGAGGUGCUCAAAAUAUUAUUCCAUCAUCAACUGGAGCUGCUAAAGCUGUUGGAAAAGUUAUUCCUGAAUUGAAUGGAAAAUUAACAGGCAUGUCUUUUCGUGUUCCAACACCAAAUGUAUCGGUUGUUGAUCUUACUGCUCGAUUAGACAAAGGCGCUAAAUACGCUGAUAUUUGUGCUGCAAUUAAAGAAGCCGCCAAUGGUCCAAUGAAAGGUAUUCUAGCUUAUACUGAUGAAGAAGUUGUAUCAAGUGAUUUUAUUGGUGAUACAAAUUCAUCAAUAUUUGAUGCUAAAGCCGGUAUUUCACUUAGUGAUAAUUUUGUUAAACUUGUCUCAUGGUAUGAUAAUGAAUAUGGUUAUUCAAAUCGUGUUGUUGAUCUUAUUCAAUUUAUGGCAAAGAAAGAUCAUGGAAAAUAA